GAAAUAAAUACGAUAAAAACAAAGGGAGCUGUAGUUUUGACCCAGAUACCAAAACAACACUACAAAUCUAUUACAUUUAUUGAGUGUAUAUAUUUUUAUUAUGGUAUCAGAAAUAAGCCGCAGAACUGAGACGAGUGAAGCGGGCUGGUCAGAUUACUCAAACAGGAGCCCGUGGACAACGGUACCAGAAACAGAUACAAGAGCUCAGGGAGGAUUAGGACUGCAAAUGGCAGAAUAUGUUCUGGGUACUCCUCCCAGCAACCAAGAAAAACUGGGCAUGAGCACGAAGGACUACAUGUACGAGAAGAACUACGAGGGUGAGCACGAGGGCGUGGUAGCCUACCCUAACAACCACAUCGACAACAACGCUCAACAGAUCGCUGCUAUAGUACAGAUGAUGCAGAACGUGCAGCUAAUGUCAGGAUACAGACAGCCUGACCAGCUAUCAGCAGUGGCUGUCAACCAGUAUGGUUCAAACUACGGGGUCAUGCCAGGAGGCUACACUAGGGGUCCUGGAGGCUACCAUCAGAUGGGGGCAUACAAUCAGUACAAAGAAGAGGAGCAGCCCGCUGCUAUGAUGGGAAACCAGCAACAAGACUUCAUCCAACAGCUGCUCUCAGGGCAGUACAUAAACUCUGUUGAGGACAUCUGCAAACCCAACAACUCCCCAGUGAGUGGAGCGGCAACCCCCGGCGGACUGCAGAACGGAGCAAUGUUCCACACCUGUGUGCACGGAGUACAGAAGAGAUUCUGUAAGAGCAUGUCCUGCCAGACCUUCAAGAGGAACAGCACCAACAGCAGCAGUGGGAACGUUUCAACCAACAACAAGGAACCCCAGAGAUCACGACUCCUGGAAGACUUCCGGAACAACCUGAGUCCGGGACUCCAGCUGAAAAACCUCCAACACCACAUAGUUGAGUUCAGCAAGGACCAACACGGCUCACGGUUCAUCCAACAGAAACUGGAGAAAGCCUCUGAUCCGGAGAAGAACAUGGUGUUCAGGGAGAUACUUGACUCCGCUUACUCGCUCAUGACCGACGUGUUCGGUAACUACGUGAUCCAAAAGUUCUUUGAAUACGGAACUGAACCACAGAAAGAGGAGCUUGUGGGACUUAUCAAGGGGCACAUGCUCCAUCUCGCUCUACAGAUGUACGGCUGCAGGGUCAUACAGAAGGCUCUGGAAUGUGUGAACAGGACGCAGCGAGGGGGACUGGUGAAAGAGCUUGAGGGGAAUGUGUUGCAGUGCGUGUUGGACCAGAAUGGUAACCACGUGGUACAAAAGUGUAUUGAGAAAGUUGACCCGGAGUCCCUGUCAUUCAUUAUCAACUCCUUCAAGGGGGAAAUCUACAAGCUUAGUACCCACGCGUACGGCUGCAGAGUUAUUCAGAGGAUUCUGGAGUAUUGCCCGACCUCUCAAACCAGACCGAUUCUAGACGAGCUGCUGGACCAUACCGAGCAGUUGGUACAGGACCAGUACGGCAACUAUGUGAUACAGCAUGUUCUUGAACACGGUGAUCUGGACGAUAAAGCACACAUUGUGUCUGAACUUCAAGGAAAAGUCCUCAUGCUCAGCCAGCACAAGUUUGCCAGUAACGUCGUAGAAAAGUGUGUCACCCACUCAACUAGACCUCAGCGUGUCACCCUGAUUGACGAAGUCUGCAACACUAUGGACGGGCCCCACCCUGCACUCUUCACCAUGAUGAAGGAUCAGUUCGCCAACUAUGUGGUUCAGAAGAUGUACGAUGUGGCUGAUCACAUUCAGAAAAGAACCAUUAUGUCCAAGAUCAAACCACAUCUCCAGACUCUGCGCAAGUUUCCGUACGGAAAGCACAUACUGGCUAAACUGGAGAAGACUUUUAUCAAGUCGGGACAGCAGAUGUCCCCUCCCAACCAUUGCAACUACGAACCCGGCAAUUUCAACCCCACUGGAAUUAACCACCCAGCCACCCUGACCAACAACGUCUACGGAAUGCCCGGUAUGUCCAACGUAAGCGGAUUUAACUUCUCCCCAGCCCCAAACGGAAUGAACAACAUGACCUCUCCUCAAUUCUCACCCUCUCCAUUCAACAGUCCUAGCAGCUUCAGCUCGUUCCAUACUCUCUCCCCCGCCUUCUAACAUGUGCCGCACUGGGCACCUCCUCUUCUGUUUUUGCAGGCCACACUACACGAGUUAAUUUAUUCGGAAAGAUGAACAGAGUUGUAUACAAAUGUGAAUAUAUUGUGUGUGUUCGUGAGUCGUGCGUGUACAGUUGUACCUUCUUUUUGAGCAAGGUUGAAUCAUGUUAGCUCGGCUUCGAGGUAAUCUCAUUUCGGUUUCCCGCUGAAGAGGGGUCCGGAAUCCAUCCACAUAGCAUUUUCUGCGGAAUUGCUUCCAGUAUUUGGACCCCUCUCGGGAAACAGAAAUCCAUUGCUUCGCUGUCAAGGUAACAAUGUAUGGUAAAUCUCCUGGGGCAGGGCGAUUGCUGGUAACAUAUCUCUAAUGUGAUGUGUUUAUGGAUACAUCAGGACUUGACAGUGGAAACUGCAGACACUUCAGAUGUAAAUAUUGCGUCACACGUGACAUGCACGUGCUGUGUCAGCUCCAGUUUUUAUCACCCUGUUGAUAGAUACGUUGUGCGUGUGUGUUUGUAUUCCAUAAUAGCGCACGCCUUAUCAACGGGCCUGUACAUUAAAGAUACUAUCACAUGUAUGUAAUUUCUUGUUUCAUAAGAUACAGACGUAGAAUCCUCCAUGUAAACUCAGGUCGACAAGCAGUUAAAACUAAAUAUUUCGUGGCCCAUAUGACGAAAGAAAGUGUAUAAUAUUUUGUAUGAUAUUGCUGUAAAACGUUUUGACGUCCUCAACUUUGUAUGUCGACCUACUUUGACCCCCAUGUAUCUUUUUACAAUAUCGUGUAAAGAAUGUAAAGUGUCUGAAAAAGUGACUUAUCGUUUUAUGAUCCAGGGAUCCCCGAGUUUUGUGCACGGAUGCAAUAUCAUCUUUUUGUCUGAGGUGGUUGUUUUAAGGGUUGUACGGCGGUUAGUAUAAAAAAUGCAAACAUUCUAUCUGCACAGAGGGCAUAUUUUCGACACGAAACAAACCAACCGCCUCAGAUUGAAGAGUGAAUAUAGGGAGUAUUUUCGUCGCUUACACGUGGCGUAAAAUCCAACUGAAACAUUUUGGUAUAAUCACUGGCCACUUGCCUACUUAUUGCUGUCAAACCCUUCUAAACACUAAUGAUCAUACUGGGCGCUCGGGUACAGCGGUAGGCUGGGAGUUCCAUUUCUUAGGAAAUAGGGGGGUUUGAUAGUAUUUCGGUGGGACAUAUGGUCAUGGGCUACUCACUGGUUCUGAAACAUGUCCCUGCUCCCCUUUUUGUGGGCUACGUCUUUUGUAUGGAUGUACAGUUUUCCGUACGUCCACAAUAUUUUAAAUUUUUUAAUGACAAGGACAAACUUUUUCUAUUCCUACUAAGACUCUUGUGAUGUGUAAUUUCUUGGAUUUGAUCGCUCGAAGGCGGAUGAUACCAUGAUUGCUAAUUUUAAUUGAUUUAAUGUACUCUCGACUACAAGAUGUUGUAAUUAAUUAGCAUAAUAACAUGAUAUUGACACAGCGGUUUAAUUAAUUACUUUUGAAUAUAUUUUGACCUCUAUUGAUAAUAAUAAUUUUAAUAUAUUAUACAUGGUACAAUCGUUUGUUCUUUUACAGAUAUGAUAGUGUAAUCUUAACAAUUUUUUGAGGUUUUCACUUAUUGUUACUAUUAUUAUUGUUGCUAUUAUUGAUAAUAGUAAAUUAGUAAAACUAAUAAUGAUAUGAUUGUGUAGGUUACAGGCAGAGCCGCCGAGCAUGAAUUUUCAUCUUUUUAAUCUUAGAACCAAAUAGAAAGGCCAAUUUAAAAUAUUGUUGUUAGUAUUACUACAUCUGACCUCGUGAUUAAGCGAAAGUUUUAGAAUUUUUUCAAAUUGUUAACCGUUACUUAUAAUAUAUUGACUAUCUUAAUCGUUUGAAUGUUAAAACUUGUAUUUCCUCACAGUCGGGAACUUUUAGGGGUCAAUUGAUCAUUUAUUAAUUAAUUUAGUGAUUGAUUGUCCUGGGUUAAAAUGGCUACCACCUUCCCCGUGGAGCCAGGAUUGCAUUUAUUAUUAUCGCAAGCUUGAAUCUUACAGCAUGUUAAUCCCCAAUACACCAAGGGAAGUUCUUUCGUUCACAUUUAUGUGCCACUAAGCAAACGUGUACAUAAAUAUACAUAGUUAUAUUAUAUUUUGCUUUAUAUAUAUCUAUAAGUUUUAGUGCCAUGGAACGACGUGUGCCGGUAGACAUAUUAGGCGUUUUACUUAUAGAAUUAAUGGUCGUCACGUCUUGAUUACUGAUGUUGCCAGAAGAUUUUAAUAUGGUGGGACUCGUAAUUCCAAAUUCUUGAUAGUUGAUUUACUUUUGAUAAUGAUGAUGAUAAUUGAUUACCCGGGAAUCCAUUUGAAAUUGAUACCUUUUGUUGGAAAGAUACUAGUAGUACUACUAGUGGUGUAUCCUGUAUGUUUCGUAGCACAGUGGGAAAUGUACAUAACUUAUUUAUUAUUUACUGUAAUAUGAAACAGGAGAUUCUUCUAAAUGUAUGUAUAAAAGUGUUUUCAUAUAAUUUAUCCUGGCCUGGGUCGCUGCUCUUCGUAUGCCGUCAAGGAUCGUACCCGUCUUUCAUACGCCUUUAGACCGAGAUCUUGAUAGAAAAUCGUUGUAAAAACUUUCAACAGAAGCUGGGCUUUUUACCCCUGUUAUGAUAUUGUUUGGAUUUGUGGACACGGGACUUGUGCGGCAUGCAGUUAUAUCGAAAACAGCUUCCCAGGCUCUAAUUCUCAACACCGUUCAAAGUUAUUUAUUACAUACCUCUUAAAUUAAAACUUAACUUAAACUUGUGGCGCCGUCUUAACCGCCUUUUAUUUCGCCAGACAUAUUUUGGGAAUCUAGUCAUUUUGAUUGAAGGACACGUUAUUAGUGAAUAAGUAUUUAUAGGACUGCUGCAUGAUUAAAAGAUGUUGUUGUUGUUGUUAUUGCUGUGCUAUAAUAUACAACACGCAAUUGGCCUGAAAUCAAGGUUUUUACCCUAUUUAAGAAAGUUUAUAGCCGAAUAUAGGUGUAUAUGUGUUGUAGUGUGAAAUGUACAUAGAUAAGCAAGGUGACCUGGUGAUGCAACCUGGUGUUGUGGUUGCCAGGUAACCCUCCCCCUGCAUGCAUCCUUAACGUUGCGAGCCACACUAGUCUAGCGGAUCAUAUGAUCUCGUGUCUGGCACUUUGCCGACUGAUAGGCUGGUGGAAUGUCACCAGGCUUCGCCGGCUAUAUUAUGAAAAUAGCCGGUCAGUUCCAACUGUCAAGCAUUGUUUGUGGCUGUGUGGUGAGCAACCGUUUAAAUUAUAUACAUCGAUUCCCAGUCAAAAUAUGAUCGCUAUUACUAUUAUGUUAAAUUCAUCGUAAAA